GACAGGCUGGCGGUGACGAUGAAGCUCUCGCUGCGCAACGCGCAGGACAUUCGCGAGCUCUACCACGCCACCUCGGACUUCUGGCUCCUGCCAGCAUCGUCGCCCCCGUUCAUCGCGGGCAUGGAGGCCGCCAAGCAGUAUGGACAAGCAGUACGCGCAGCAGGCAAGAAACACGGUCUCGGACCCCCCCACGUCCACAUCUGCAGCGCCAUGCUCAGGGAGAUGUACGAAGCGCUGGACGGCGACACAGGGAGCACCACCGAGAAGACAGCCAAGGGCGUCAUCCGCGAGUACAUCGAGGCGACGACGGGCAAGAUUGGACCACAGAUCAUACAAGAAACAGUGCUCUCCUGGAAAGUCAACGAGGCCUACAAGCGCGACGACCUGGACGAGUCCGAGCACAAAGGCAAACUGCAGUACACGCUCAACCCGCUCCCGACCCUCGUGCCGCACCUGAUGUCACAGGAGCCAGGCGAGGCGGUCCUGACCAUGGCGAGGGGCUACUCGCCGACGAAGCUCAAGGAGGCCUUGACGACGGCGAUCCUGGUGCUGAACGGCGUCAAGGGGCAGGGAGCGGCGCCCAAGAGCGCCCUGGAGAGGGCGGUCGGGUACAGAUCACUACCGGAGCUCGACGGCACCAACCGUCCCAACGACGGUAG